AUGAAAUAUUUUCCUCAAGGGAAGAAAGUUGAGCAGAUCUGGAGAGUCAAAAGGCCUACUCAAGUUGCUUCUAAGGGUGAGACUUUGAACGCUUUGGGAUCUGUAGGUUCGAAGGAUGGUGCCUCGACUGCUCUUGUAUACCUGAAUGGCAUUUCUAUUUCUGCUAGUGCUAAUAUGGUAAAUAAGUCUUCCGGUUCUGGUAAUGCUUUGAUUUAUACUAUUGAUGAGGCUUGUGCCAGUCUCCCGGUUGUUGCUCUAAAUCCUAAAGGGGGUUGUUCUGGGACCUCAGUUGUUAAUAAGGUGCCAGUUGGGGUUUACAGCGGAAGCUUGGGAUUGGCGAGGAUUGGCCAAGGGUUUAAACAACCUGAACUCCCUAUACAUGCUAUUGAUCGCCAUGCAAAGAGAGGCAGGGGCAGGCCUGCUAAAGCUGAUAAAUCUGUGGGAGGUGGGUCUAAAAACAAAUUUGACGUCCUAAGCUUGAUUGACCCUGACAGUUUGAUUGGGAUCCCUCCUGUUGACUCUGGUAAGAAACAGAGAGGGGAUGCUUUGGGUGUUGCAAAGAUUGUGCAAGAACUGAAACUAAAAAAGAAAGAACAUGUUGAAAAGUGUAUCACCUUCAAAGGCACCUUCAAUGGUUUAUCUUUUUUCAUUCCCGCGGUGUAUGGUUCCAAUGAUGGCAUAACCCGUAGGCAACUCUGGUCGCAACUUGGUAGUAUAGAUAGCUUUGUGGGUGAUGCAGCCUGGUUGGUAGGGGCGACUUCAAUGUCAUUUAAAAAAAUAGAGAAAAGUUCUAAUCCUAUCAGCUCUAGCACUAGCAGUGACAUCCUCGAGUUUCAGAAGUGUGUUGAGGACCUGGGAAUCUUUUAUCACCAAUUUAUUGGCCCACUUUACACCUGGUCUAACAAGCAGCAAGACUCUUUCCUUUCCCGCAAACUAGACCGUGUUAUGGUUAAUCAUUGUUGGUUUGAGGCUUUCCCAUCCUCUGAAGUUGAGUUUCAAGUGCUUGUGGAGUCUGAUCACAGUUCAGCCUUAGUCUGGCUGCACAAGGAAGCUGCUACAAAUAAACCGAAGCCAUUCAAGUUCUUUAAUUUUUGGGCUAUGCACCCAGAUUUUUUAUCCAUUGUUAGUGAUUCGUGGCAGGCACCAGCUAUUAGGAACCCAACUCAUUUUCUGUUCUUAAAGCUAAAGCGGGAAGAAUUGAGGGCUAUUCAGCUUGCCAAUUUGGAUGUUGUUACUGCUUGUAGCCUCAUGAUUGAUGAACUUAAGAUUGAGGAUGAGUUAAGAGGCCUUGAACAAAUGGAUCUUCUUUUCUAUAAACAAAAAACAAAGGCUGACUGGAUUAGAGAAGGUGAUCAGGGCACCCGGUUUUUUCACUCCAUGGUGGCUAGCAAGAGGAUGAACAACACCAUUAGAGUCUUUUUUAAUCAAGAAGGUGUUAGACUUAGAACCUUUGAUGAUAUGUCUAAUGAGGCUAUUAACUUAUUUAAAAAGCAAUUAGGGGUGAUCGAUCCUGAGGUCAAUUGCUGUAAUGUCACCACUGUAAAGGAGCUUCUGGGCUAUUCCCUUCCCGAGGGUGCUUCUGAGGCUUUAAUCAAAGAGAUAUAUGAUGUUGAGAUCAAAGAUGCUUUAUGGGGACAAGGGGAUAAUAAAACCCCCGGUCCUGAUGGAUACAACUCAUUCUUUUUUAAACGGACAUGGUAUAUUGUGGGAAAUGACUUCUUGGCAGCAAUCAGGUAUUGCUUCACUAACUCAUUCAUGCUCCCUUCCUUCAAUGCUACAGCUGUUGUGCUUGUCCCAAAGGUUCCUAAUCCUAGUAUGAUCAAAGACUUUAGGCUUAUUUCUUGUUGUUCUAUCAUAUAUAAGAUUGUUACUAAAAUUCUAGUGAACCGACUGUCUGUUGUCUUUCCUAGCAUGAUUUCAAUGAACCAAUCUGCUUUUGUGAAAGGGAGAAGCAUAAUUGAUAAUACCCUACUUGCUCAAGAACUUGUUCGGAAGGCUUUCGAUUCCUUAAACUGGGAUUUUGUGAGAAUUGUUUUGCAUGCUCUCGGAUUACCUGAGAAAUUCAUAGGCUGGAUUUUGGCUUGUAUUACUAAUCCAAGCUACUCCAUUGUUUUCAAUGGUACUCUUGUUGGCUAUUUCAAAGGGGCUAGAGGUGUUAGACAGGGUGAUCCCUUCUCUCUUUAUAUUUUUGUCUUAGCCAUGAACAUUUUAUCGAGCCUUCUUAAUAUAGCUGCUAAGAAUGGAGUGUUCAGCUAUCAUCCUAAGUGUAAAAAGGUUGGGCUCACUCACAUGUGCUUCGCUGAUGAUUUGCUAAUAUUCUGUAAAGGCUCUCUGGACUCUGUAAUUGGUGUACAAACUAUUCUUGACUCUUUCUACUCUAUGUCUGGACUAAAAUUAAAUGCUAGUAAGUGUGAAAUAUUCUAUGCUGGGAUUUCUGCUGAACAAUGUGCUGCCAUCAAGGAGUUAACAGGUUUCAAACUGGGUAAUCUCCCUUUUCAUUACCUGGGUGUUCCACUGGUAACUAGGAAACUCACUAUUAAGGACUGCCAAAGCUUAAUUGACAAGAUAAGGGAAAAGCUAAAUUUGUGGGCCAAUAAACACCUUAGCUUUACAAGGAGGCUUCAAUUGAUCCGUGCUGUUCUCUUCAGCAUGGCAAAUUUCUGGUGCAUGCAGCUCGUUCUUCCUAAAGAGAUAAUCAACUCUAUUGAGCAGUUAUGUUCCAGAUUCUUCUGGAAAGGGUCUGACUUACCUGUAAGAGGCGCUUGUGUCAGCUGGAAAAAGAUGAGAAUUCCUGCAAAUAUAAGCUGGUCAUUCAAAGACCACCUGUUCUUUGGCUGUAAUUUUGCUAAAGACUUAUGGGGAGCUACUCUUACUUUAUGUGGUCUAUAUAGAGGCGUCAGAGGCUGGGAUAGUGAACUGACUUGGGUAAUCUGUUGCCUUAAGGGCAAGUCCCUUAUUGUAAGAAUUCUUCGACUUGCCUGGCAGGCCAUGUCUAUUGCAUUUGGAGGGAAAGGAAUUGCAGGCUCUAUGGGGGCUGUGCUCGCCCAAUGGAUGCACUACUGCAUGUUAUCAAAGCUGUCGUUCGGAUUCGGUUGA